AUGCUCGUCCUCAAGCGGUGGCUUCACGUGUGGUAUCUCGGGACCAUUGUCGAGUCGCUGGACGACGACAUGGCUCUCGUGCACGUACAAGGCGACAGCAUCGAGAAGGACGUCUGGAUGGCCAUGACGGCCUUGCUGCCACAAGAGUGCAUCGUCGCGCCGCCCCCACGUGGCUGGUUUGCCCAGCGCAACGAUCUUGUCUACGUCUACGUGGCCGACGCGUCUUGCGCACCUACGCUUCGAGAGCACGGGCUUCUUCUCGUGGGCACGGUCAUCGAGCGUAUUCCGCAGCACGACGCCGCGCUCCUCGACGUGCUACUACCAGGACCCGACAAUAUGCGCCGGUGCCAGCUCGGUCUCGGCUUUCUUGGCCCUAUUUUACCCGACGCCUUCCAAGCGAUGCGGGAGCGGCUAGCGCAGCUUCCGAGCCACCCGACGCCCGACGCAACUCAACACACUGUGUAGAUGCGAGCUAACAAGCUGCACAUGCGUCAACUCGAUCAUACAAG